GAAAGGCCCACAUGCACAAAGGAUGUCUCAGUGGCUCCAGGCAGUCCAAGGAAACAUAUAAAAGCACUUGCAGCUCAGAGCUCUUCUAGUCACUCUCCUGCGAUUCUCCUCCUGGGUGAACCAAGUGCAGCUGAAUUGCAGAAAGAUGUCCUUCAACCGCCAGCUGCUCAGCUCCCGCUGCUACAACCCCUGUGAGGUGACCUGCCCUCAGCCAUACGCCAAUGCCUGGAACGAGCCCUGCGUCACGUCCUGCGGUGACUCCAGAGCCGUGGUCUACCCACCCCCAGUGGUCAUCACCUUCCCAGGACCCAUCCUCAGCUCCUGCCCCCAGGAGAGCUACGUGGGCACCUCAGAGCCGCUCCAGAUCGGCAGCUCCUUUCUCUCCAGGGGCUCUGUUGGGUCCGGGAGCUCCUUAGGAUGCCUGUCCCCUUACUAUUCCCAGCGGUACAAUAAGUACCGCUAUGACAACUGCGGGUCCUGUUAAACCCAGCAGGAAAACCCACAGCACAGGGAACAACGGAGGAGUGGAAAGCAAUAUAGUCAUAUAUACAGGGCAUGGUUUUCAGGAAGGCCGGGUACUCCGUGUCCUACAAAAACCUGGGAGACAUGGAGGUGCUC